GCAGACGCGUUGCUUUACGACGCUCGGAGGACCACACCAGGUCGGCGUUCAGGGCCUGGAUCUCCCAGCACGUGGGCCUGUGAGGUUCUCCCCGCUGGUAACUCACACCUCCCGGCGGGGGCCAGCCCCGUGGAGGACAGGGUGGCAGCGGAGGCCCAGGGUCUCGCGCUGAUGGAUUUUGCCGCUGACAAUGAAACCACGUCGGGAGGCGGCCUCCGGCGCGGGGCUGAGGGGGCGCGGCUGCCGCUCGAGGCCGGCGGUGGAGCGGCGGCGAAGGGGCUGACAGGAGCGGAGCAAACCGCGGGUGGAGAAGAAGGGACUGCACCGGGGGCGGGGGAGGAAACGCGGGCGUUCCCAGCGGCUGUGAAGCUGGAGAACACGGACUGGCCGGAGACGGAGGGAGGUAUGCUGGAGGGCCGGCCGAUAAAGCAGGAGGCGGAGGACGGGCCUGAGGUGAAGGAGGAGAAGCCGGACCCCGUGGAGGUGAAGCUGGAGGUGAAGCAGGAGGCGGAGGGCGGUUGGGCGGUAAAAGAAGAGAAGGUGGAGGAGGAUGGGCCAGAAAUCAAGGAGGAGAAGGUGGAGGAUGGGCCAAACAUCAAGGAGGAGAAGGUGGAGGAUGGGCCAGAGAUCAAGAAGGAGAAGGUAGAGGAUGGGCCAGAGAUAAAGGAGGAGAAGGUGGAGAUUGGGCCAGAGAUCAAGGAGGAGAAGGUGAAGGAUGGGCCAGAGAUCAAGGAGGAGAAGGUGGAGGAUGGGCCAGAGAUCAAGGAGGAGAAAGUGAAGGUGAAGGAGGAGGUGAUGGACUGGCCGGACGUGAAGGAAGAGGGGAAAGACCACUUGGAGAUAAAACAGGAGGAAGAGAUGGUGUUGUUCACCCAGAACAUAAAGGAAGAAGUGAUGGAUGAAGCGUGUGUAAAAGAAGAAAAGUGUUUCCUGAAGGAAGAAAUACUGGAGGACACCAAGGUGAAAGAAGAGCCCCCGAUCAAUUGCCCCGUGGGCUCGAAGCGGAAACUGGCCAUGACAAGAUGUGAAACUUGUGGUACAGAAGAAGCCAAGUACAGAUGUCCACGUUGUAUGCGGCAUUCUUGCAGUUUGCCCUGUGUAAAGAAACACAAAGCAGAACUGACAUGUAAUGGAGUUCGAGAUAAAACUGCCUAUGUUUCAUUACAACAGUUUACUGAAAUGGAUCUCCUAAGUGAUUAUCGAUUUUUGGAAGAUGUGGCAAGAACAGCAGACCAUAUUUCCAGAGAUGCUUUAUUGAAAAGAUCAUUAAGCAAUAAACAUAUGUGCUUUAUGAAAAAUCGUGCCCGAAGGCAAGGUAUUAACUUAAAACUUCUACCCAAUGGUUUCACCAAGAGGAAAGAAAAUUCAACAUUUUUCGAUAAGAAAAAACAACAGUUUUGUUGGCAUGUGAAGCUUCAGUUUCCUCAGAGUCAAGCUGUAUACAUAGAAAAAAGAGUACCGGAUAAUAAAACUAUUAAUGAAAUCUUAGCAACUUACAUUGACCCAGAAAAGUCUGAUCCUGUAAUUCGUCAAAGAUUGAAAGCUUACAUUCGCUCUCAGACUGGGGUCCAAAUUUUAAUGAAGGUCGAAAAUAUGCAGCAAAAUUUAGUAAGAUAUUAUGAGCUGGAUCCUCACAAGAGUCUCCUUGACAAUUUGAGGGACAAAGUGAUCAUUGAAUACCCAACAUUACACGUGGUAUUAAAAGAAUCCAGUAAAGACAUGAACAUUCUUCACGAAGGAAUGCACAUUGAAGUAAGGCUUCCUGUAAUGAAGCAAAAAGAAAAGCUACAUUUAUAGUGCACUUGGAGCCUUCUUAAGAAACAUUUGCUCCUUUUUGUGAAAAGUGAAUCUACCAAGAACAUUGGCAAUGAAAAUUGAGCACUUCUGGAGGAAGGAAAUCCCAGGUUGCAGAGGACAAUGAUUGACUAACUACUGUUGGGGUGUAUUGUCAAUGAAUUUGUGCAAUUUUUUUGUUUUUCUGAAAAGUAAACAGUCUAAUUUUUUUUU